AUGCAUCGAUCCCUUCACCUCCUUCUCCUCCUUGCUCUCGUCUACCUUGCGGCAGCCAUGCCAGUUGCAAACCCAGGGCCUAUCAUUGAGCCCAACACUCUUUACGUUCGACAGGACACCGAUCAUGUUCUAGUGGCACGAGAUCCCGCCGAGGAUCUCGAUCUCGCCAAACGGGCUCCUAUCCUUGGCUGGACUUGGUUCAACGGUGGCAAGAAGACCAAGAGAAGCCCUAUCCUUGGCUGGACCUGGUUCAACAGUGGCAAGAAGAUCAAGAGAAGCCCUAUCCUUGGCUGGACUUGGUUCAACAGUGGAAGAAAAGAGUAA